CGCUUGCAUAUAGAGGACAAGAGAUUUCUCCUGCCUCUGUCCCCCCAGCCAAACAUGUAAAAAAGUACGUGGACACUGCAGCCCACACAAGCUUCUCCUGCUUCUCCCCGUCCCAGCGACUGCAGAUUGGAGUUGAGUCUCAUGGAAAACUUCUGAUGGAGGAAUACGGGGCUACAAGGGAGGAGCGUGUGAAACCAGAGGAAGGAAAAACCAUCAUCAUCUGUCCUGGGUUCUUGGUGACAAAGUGAGCGAAGGAAGGAAAGUGUUCACCCCCGACUUGGAGAGAGCAGGUCUGUUCUACGCGAGAGGGAGAAGCUGCAGCCCCGGGAAGGAUGGGAAUGCUGGUGAGAGCAGCUGUGCUUCUGAGUCCUCUUCUCUUCUGCAACGCUUUUCUGGACCUGACUGGUCCCAAUGAGAUUGAAGGCAUGUGGAAGGAAUCUACCACGUUGCCAUGUGCCUAUGUGCCUGUGGAGGACUUUGUGCAGCAAACACUCACGUGGACUGUGGUACAUGACCAGAGCUCUGGCACCAUUUUUCGGAGGGAUGGCUCUGGCGACCACAUUCUCCUGUCCGAGUACAGAGACAGGGUCAGCGUGCCGAAGGAUGCCCCAGGGAACGUGUCUCUCCACAUCCUGAACCUGGAAGUCUCUGACAGGGGAACCUACACUUGCCAGGUCACCUGGAGAGCCAGCAACAACAGCCUGAUAACAAAGGAGAUCACCACUAAAAUGGAAGUUGUUAAAGUUGCAGUGACCAAGCCCGUCAUCAGGGCUGGCAAGCUGGGGCUGACGGUCCCGGCCGGAGCCAGGACCAGCCUGACCUGUGUGGCCAGCGGCUCCCCCCCCAUCAGCUAUCGCUGGUUCAGGAGCAGCCCGGGAGGGAAAGCCCAGCUCCUGAGCAGCCAGGCGGAGCUGGCGUGGGACAGCCUGCGGCUCUCCGACGCCGGGAUGUACUACUGUGAGGCGGAAAACAGGGUCGGGGACGGGGCUGUGCAGCAGAGCGACGCCGUUGAGCUGAGGGUGAGAGCAAAAAACCAAACGGAGCUGGUGUUCACAGGUACCCCAGAAAUCUCUUGGACUUCAUGGGACUCUACCACUAUUACAGAUCUGCCCCCAACCGUAGUGACUCCUGAGAAUGGUGUGGGAUAUCCAGAAAAGAAUUAUACAGCUCAGGAUUUCCAGAGGAGUCGCCUGCCCCUGUACCUGGUCAUCCUCAUUGCUGUGGUUUGCGGUGCUGUGCUUUUCCUUAUCAUCUUUCUUAUCAUUUGCAUUAGAAAGCCCAAAGAUGCUCAAGUCUAUGAAGUAAAAUUACAUAACUUGAGAGCAGCAGCUUCAAGGCAUGAAAGUACGGGUCAUUAUGAGGAACCCAUCUCCUCCACUGAAAACAACUAUGUGAUGGAAUUCAUGAAAAACAAAGGACCUGAAGAAAUAAAUACGGAAAAGAAUGAAUAUGGCCGUGUUGGACACAAGCAGGAAUCUGAAUAUGAAGUAGGGGACACUGCAUGAGAACCAACAGUGCUCUACAGAUAGUGGUCCUGAGGAGUACUUUCAUCCAGGCAAAACUUAUCUUCCUAUUCACCUUUGCCUCUGAAAAUAGGUUGGACAAGCAGUUUUUACUCCUCCAUGAUUUGUGAAGCCUUAACAAUCUCUGCAGUGAAAAUGCAAACCUCUUUAGGAACUUCAUUUACAGACGGCUGUAUAGAUCAUCUGAU